AUGGGCGAGUGGGUGCUGGAUGAGCUGGCGGCAAAGACAAAGAUUACAAGUGAUUCUGUGAUGGAUCGUGGCACAAUAUGGUGCAUUGCGUUUCUGUAUGUCUCAGUGCUUUCCACGUCGUCUGCGCGACCCCGGAGGGCGCCUGGGCUGACUGCCACGUGGCAACGCAAGAGAGCGCGGCGCGCGUCCGCGGCGGAAGCUGGUCUUCCCUCCCCCUCUGCACUAAACUACUUCCUCUCGCCAGAAACCAAUUCCUCGCGAGAAAGCGGAAUCAGUAGCGCGUGCAGCAGGGGAGCGAUCACGCGCCGCGCUUCGCUGCCCGCAACUCCCGCAACCCACGCCGCGCCUUCCGCAGCCGCGUCUGACGGGCCGGUGGAAGUCGUGGAAAUCGGGGGGCGCGCGCGCGCUAUAGGGGAGGUGUAUGCGGUGGAGGCGGUAGCUGCGAUGGGCGUGCAGGACAGGCAGAGCGGCCGCCUUCUGUGGACCGUUGUGGCCGUGGCGCGCGACGAUGCCGCUGCGCCGCUCGAGCGCCGCGCCGGGGAUCGCUAUCAGGCUGGGAGGAUGGAUGGCGGGAAGGACCAGGGGGAAAGGGAGGGGGAAAGGGAGGCGGAGGGGGAAGAGGAUGGGGGAGGGGACGAAGGGGGAAUGGGAGUCGACGGGGGAGAGUGGGAGGACGGGUGGGACGGAGAGGGUGGCGAGGAUGGGGAGCGCAGCGGCGAGCGGAGGCGAAGGCGGGGUGCGCCUCUGCGCGUGGUGCUGCGAGAGAUACGGGAGUGGCUCAAGUCGCAGCAAUCGAGUCAAGAGCCGCUAUUCGCGCAGCACCUGUCGCCGCGCGAGGUCUUCUGCGAAACCGACCCCCUGCGCGUGUCCGCCGUGCUGCUGGACGCGCACGCCGCCUGGCGGAGCCUCUGGGGGGAAGCGCGCGGGGGGAGACCGCGGAGUGCUUCCGGGGACGCGGACGCGGGGGGAUGGGGAGGCGCGCGGAAAGUGGAUCCCGCGCAACGGGCGGUGCAGGGCGGAACACCGUUGAGGGGGCGGUCAGGUCCGUUACAGAGCAGGGACUGGGAGUACGGGCAGGAGAAAAAAAUCCCGCUGGGCAGGAAGAAAAGUUGGCAGGGCUGGACAGAGGACCCGCGCGGAGAGUUGGAGUCAUGGCCUUCCAAUAGUAGCUGCUUGCCGUUAGGUGGCGAUGCUGGUGGUGGUGGUGUUGGCGGUGGUGGUGGUGGUGGCAGCGGUUGCUCUGCUGGCGUUUCCAUACAAACAAGCUCGGCUGACUGCGCCAAUGGUUACUCCCCCAUUCCUUACUCCGCCCCCGUGCCCCAUUCCCUUCUUCCCCACUCGUGCCCCUUCCCCAACCCCUCCUCGCUCCCCUCCUCCUCCCUCCCUGUGUCGUCCUUCCUCCCCCCCUCCUCCUCUCUCCCCCUCUCUUCCUCGCUCUCCUCCUCCACCUCUCUCCCUGCCGCGUCUUCGUGCACCAAGAGGGCGGUGUUUGGAAGCUCGUUGCUGGCAGCGUGGGAUAGCGAUGAGGGAGAGGAGGGGGAGAAGGAUGAGGUUGAGGAUGUGUAUGGUCAUGGUCCCCCUGCCCGUGACCGUUUCUUUUCCGCUCGAGACGGCCCCCAUGCUGCUACUGCGGCGGCUGCUGCUGCUGCCAUACAUGCUGAAUCAGACUCCACUGUUGUUGCCGCUGCCAGCACACGGGCAGACAGCAGCAGCGCGCACAACCAGACUGCGCUGGUCUGGCCCGGGAGCAAGGCAGGGCGGAGGAGGGAGGCUUUGGAAGGGCCUGGAGUGGCGGCGGGGGCGGCGGGGCCGGCAGGGCCGGCAGGGCUGGCACGGGAGGCGGAAGGGCGGCGUAACUUGCGGCGUGCAAUCAUGGGGCGGCUGAAGCGCACAGCGCACAGCUGGAAGGAGGGGUUCGGUGGGGGGAGAGCAGGCGCGGAGGAGAGGGACAGGGAGAGGGAGAAAGAAAGGAGCGGGAGGAGUGGGAAGAAGCGAGGUGGGUCAGAUGACUUGAGCUGUGUGCGGGAGGGCAGUGCGGUGGAGUGGAGUCAUGCGGAGUGCAGUGCGGUGGGAGGCUCCCUCCUGCGGCUGAGAAGUCAUGAAAUCCGAUCCCUGGAUUGGGGAGGGGAGAGUGGGGAGGGUGCUGGGCCAAAGGGGCAGCAGCUGAGGGAUAUGGAAGGUGGAGAAGUGGAAGAUUUGGAGGAGAGGGAGGCGGUGCAUAAUCAGAGGAGAUCGGAGGAUCUAGGGGCCUUCCUUGCCCCGGGGUCCUCUCGCCCGCACUCCUCUCACCACCGGUCGAGCUCAGCGCGCCCCUCCCCCCACCAAUCGCCCCGCUCCGCGCGUAGUGCUGCGCGCUUCUUCCCCAGAGGCGCCUCUGUGGGCUCCGCAGCUCCCUCAGCGCUGGGAACAGGGUCACUGCAUGCCAGGGAAUCCCCCACUGCCUCUCCCACGUCUGACAUGCAGUUCCCUCUCUCCUACCCGCAGCAAGCAUGGCAGCAGCGGGCGGACCAGUGGCACAGCACUGGCGAUUUCACCCGCCUCUUCUCCCGAGGCACACGAGAAGAGGCUCUGGAAGCCGGGAGAGAGGGCGCGUGGGAAGGGUGGGAAGGAAGCAAGGCGUGUGAGGGGUAUGAGGGACGGCAGAGGAGGGAGGGAGUGAUCGUGGGUAUGGGUGGAGCCGAGCGUGUGGGUGGCAUGAUGGGGGUAGGGAGAGGGGAUGGGGGCGUUUUGGGGAGUGGUGAUGCGGCGGGUGGUGCGUGGAUGGGUGGGGGGGAGUGGGUGGACUCUGGGGCAGUAGCAGCAGAAGUGGUGGUGGCGGCAGCAGCAGCGGCAUGCAGUGUGUGGUAUCAUACUGGGCAUGGGCAUGUGCACAUGCAGGGCAAGCAGGAGGGACAGGGGGAAGAGGAGGAGCAGGGGGAAGAGGAGGAGCAGGGGCAGGGGCAGGGAAAGGGGCGAGUGGGGUCAGAUGGGCUAGGCGGAGUGAGUGGUUCAGUGGUGUAUGGCAACGGUGCUGACACUCAUGGUGCCGGUGCUGCCAGUGCUGCCAGUGCUGUCAGUGCUGUCAGUGCUGUCAGUGCUGUCAGUGCUGACAUUGCUGCAAGAGGGGAGCUUGGUAACGAUCUUAGUCUACGGUGGAUGGGAGGCGACGAUGCUCUGAGGGGUGAUUGUAACGAGCGUGAUGGCUGUGGUGACGCGCGUGGUGUGCCGGGGGUGCUCAUGAUGCACAAGGGAACAUGGGAUAGUGAGGGUGAGGAGGAGGAUGAGGAGGGUGAGGAGGAGGGUGAGGAGGAGGGUGAGGUAGAGGUGGAGUUGCAAGAGGAUGAAGAGGAGGAAGAUGAGGAAGAGGAGGAAGAGGAAGUGGAGGGCAAGGAUGAAGUGUGUGGCAAACAUAUUGGCAGCAGGGAGGGCGCAGCGGCACGUGGUGGACAGCCCUACUGCCAUUCCCCCUCCCGACACCACUCCUCCCACUCCCCUCCAUCCCACCAGCCUUCUGCCUCAAAACCGUCCCACCUUCAUUGCGUGAAACCCAGUAAUGAACCGGACACGAGCAUAGCGUGCGUGGCUGCAGGUGAGCAAAAUGCCAGAGGCACGACGAGUCAUGCUGGGGGGUUGGGUGUUGGUGACUGCCACAACCAUCACCACCACCACCACCACCACCUCCACCACCAGCGAGUGCGAUCGUUUGAGUUUGUUGGCAUGGUUGGGCCCCACAAGGGCCGCAGCAUUGCUACCACGAGGACGGAUGCGGUGGCGGCAACGGCGGCUGCCGUUACUCACCUCACCUUGUUUGCUUGA